GCUACACCCUGAUUGGCCCUCCGUCCUGUCAAUCAUCGCUGUUUACAUCAAACGUUGUGAGCUGGAAUUUCCCAGGUUACAGCACAGAGCAGUAGACCACUUCCGCAAUAGAUGUCUGGGCAGAGAGACGAGAGGCCACAGCGAGCUGAAAGUUUAGAGGACCAUGUCUAGGAAGUGAACAACGGCGAUGGAAGGGAAAGGCCCGUACCGCAUCUAUGAUCCAGGUGGGGGAGAGGUCAAGACCAGGGAGGAGGCUGGAGGGGGAAGCAGCUACCGACAGCUCCUGGAAGAGAACAGCAUACUGAGGGAGCGGAUGAAAGGACUAAAGAGCUUAGGGGAUUUGCUGGAGGAGUCUCAGUCAGAGGCGUCGAGGCUUCGGCAGCGAGUGGAGGAACUUGUUAGGGACAACGAGGCACUCAAAUCCUCCAGCUUUGCUGCCAGUCUGUGUACCGGAGGGCCCGCUCAGACAGAGACGCAAAGUAAACCCUGUUUACAGCCCACUUUAGAGCAGAAGGAGGAGCAGUCAUGCUGCUUGGGGAAGACCCUUCAGCCUGAGAAGCCCAAUGAGGCCUUAACAGAGUUUGAGGUUGUAAAUAUGGAGGGGAAGACUUCUGAUGCCUUGCCCGUGGGGUCAGUGGCAGGAGUGAUCCCUCUCCUGCCUCAGGAGAACAACGAGUUGGCGAGCCAGCUGAAGAGACUAGAGAGCUCCUUCAGCAUAUUCGCAGAGGAGUCCAACCCCAACCAGCUGCUGGCUCACCUCGGUCGCAUGGCUGUGGAGUUUCACCACCUCUCCUCUAAAGUCCAAAAGAAUGAACAGAGGACCUCCCUCCUACAGACUCUGUGUGAGCAGCUCAGACAGGAGAACAAUGAGCUUCGAAAGAAAAUGGAAGAGGAUCACGAUAUUAGGAAUCGAGACUUGGAACAGCUGAGACAGGAGAACCACAAACUUAAGGAGCUCGUCACGGGAGGCGCAGUGGCAGCGCCAUCAGCUGCAGCCCCAUCCGACUCCGAAGCUGCCGAGGCCAAAGAGGAGCCUGUGAAGGAGGAAUCGCCUGCUGCAAGACCGAAGAUGGAGGCCAGCACACCGCAGAAGAGUGGAAAAUGUGCAGAGAAAACCCCAACCAAACCUUGUGAUGUAGAGGUGUAUGAAAAGAAGAUCAAGCUUUUGGAGAAGCAGAGGAAGGAUGUACUGGAGGUGAACAAGCAGUGGGACAUUCAGUGGAACUCCAUGAAGUCACAGUUUGAACAGAAGAUCACAGACCUCAGACAACGGCUGGCUGAGUCCCAAAAAACUGUGCUUGAGCUGGAGGCAGAGAGAGAGCAGAGGCAGCGCGACUACGACAAGAAGCUGCUGCUGGCCAAGUCCAAGAUUGAAAAUGUGCAGGGGGAGAAGGAGUGCCUGAACUCUGAGACCACUGAGCUAAAGCAGAAGAUCCGCUACCUGCAGGACCAGCUGCUGCCCCUCAGCAAACAGAGGGAGUACCAGGAGAAGGAGAUCCAGCGCCUCAACAGAGCUUUAGAGGAAGCCUUAAAUCUGCACACCCCGUCAUCCUCCCAACAACCACCUGGCCAGGCUAACUUUGCCGAUGCAGCCAAUAACCUGAAGAAACAGGAGCUGCUCACUCAAAUCGCUGUACUAAAGGAACAGGUGAAGAUCUUUGAAGAAGACUUCAGAAAAGAGAGGAGUGACAGGGAGCGAAUGAACGAGGAAAAGGAGGACUUGAGACGGCAAGUUGAGAGACUCCAGGGCCAGAUUACUAAUUUGACAAAUCAGCUUCAUCAGGCACAGAAUGAGUGUCAGAGAGAACGAACAGAAAGGUGUAAACUGGAGCGACUGCAGAUGCAGCAUCACAAACAGGGGCAGCAGCAGGAAAGACGUACCUCAGACCCCACAUCAAGCUCAGUGAACGGCCCGCUGAGCCCUCCCUACUGUGGUCCCUUUGUGCAGGUGGGACCGCAGGGCCUUGAGGGCUGGCCCGUACACUUCCCUCCCCGGAUGCCCAAUGCAGCAGGCGCCACAGCCGCAGCCACCGCAGCACCGCCCCCUGUACGAGACUUCCAGCCUGUUACCCCGGGUUUUCCUUGGCAGUCAUCAUUCCCUCAGCCCAGAGGGGCCAGAGCAGUAGGAGAGAGUUCCAGACCACCACCAGAAAAUGCAGAUCAGUCCGCAGCAGCAGCAGCAGCAGCAGCAGCUUCAGCAGCAGCAGCAGCCGCAGCAGCAGCGGGGUUCGGAAAAAGGGAGCGACAGAACAUUGAUCCUGGAAAGCACUAAAGCAUCACUGUACCCAACUCCAAAUGUCUGGGUAGUAGCAUGAAAAUCAGUUUGUUUUUGAGUUGACAAGGUGUGAUUUGAUCUAUAAUUUUCCUACUGAACUGUAGAUAUCCUAUUGUAAUGUUGUUUAUACUUGCGUUUUAUAAGGCUAUUUGUGAAACACUUCGCUAUUCUGAAUAUAUAUACAUGAAAUAUUAUUUUGUUUUUGUUUGUUUUUUUUUAUCAGGAACUGAAGUCAUUUAUUAAAUAGGUUGGGAUAAAUCAACAUUGUUCUUCUUUUUCCCAGAAAAAUAAACCUUUGUGAUUGUCUCUCUGCAAUGACGUGACAACUUGACACUUAGUUUGUCACUUGUAGGGUUACAGGAAGCCAUUCCCCAAUAAGACUUAAGGCAACGUAUAGUCAUUCCAACAAAGAGUGAUUAUAUCGGUACAUUGAAUCAUAGGAUUUGCAAUGUGAAUGUUAAUUGAUUUAUGAAGACUGCUUCAGUACCAUCGAUGUUAUAGGACUGUCCCAUUACGUGUAACUGUUCAAAAAGUGGUUGUUGAAAUACAAAAAUUUGGGGAAAUGAAUUUUGAUGGUAUCAUACCAAAAACAUGAUUGUGAUUAUUGAUUAUUUAUUUAUAACUAUUGACUAUGUGUAAAUCAUUGUCUUAAGUAAUGCUGUUCUUUCUAUGUUGUUAGUGUAAUCCCAAUAUAUUGUAGCUAUUGACAUUGUAUGUUUGUAUCAGACACAAUACACAAUGCACACAACAUACACACCUUUUUUUCCCCAUGAUGAUGGACCUAAUCUCAUUAAACACAACACUUCUUCUUGACCACACUUGAUUUGAUGAUUUGACCACUCAUUCUGAAAUUCAUACUCAUCUUCCUGCAUCCUGUACUCCGCUCACAGUUCAGCCCCGACAUGCAUUACAAGAAUUUAACCCAGCAGAGAUGACGGUCUUCCUCUUCUUUCAUUUAAAACCUAAUGAGUUUUAAUCAGUGCAACCUUUAAGUCCAGCGCUGAAGUUCUGCUAAAACAACAGGAAGAGGAAGAUUUUCAUCUGGAAUUUAGAGGCCCUAGAUUCAGCGUUACAGCAGAACAGCCGCUCCUCAGGGGGAAAUUCAGACAGCAUGUCUGGCUUUGCCCUCUGUCCACUUCAACAACCAGCGAUCCAUGCCGUGUUGACUGACCUUUGACCUGUUGUAUCACUGAGUCAAGAGCCUUGAAAACAGUCACACCUCCAGUAAUGUUACCAUUUCAAAAAGGCCGAUCCAAUCUCAAAUCAAGCCGCUGUUUAAAAUUCAUACCCAAUAAUAUAGUAUUUAUCAGGUAGUCAAAUGAAGGGCUCCAAGAUGUUAAAAAAAACAGCUCAAUUUUAUCAAAAGAAGUUUUUAAGUUACAGGGAACCAAAUCCUGAUGAGUGAAAGCAAAAUGAGAAAUUAGCGGAAUUGCACUUCGAAAGGUACGCUGUAAUUACUGGCAGUUGUAUUUUCUUGGUUUUAGCCCUUUUUUCUUUUGCUGUAGGCAGAAGCACAUGUGAGACUUUUUGUAUUUGACUGGCUUAAUAAAUCUAUUCUAAAUGUC